AUGAAAUUACUCGUCGCCGUCCGAACAGAUGUACAAACUUACUUAAAAGAAGAAAAAAAUAUUUUGAAUGAAUCGAACAAAAAAGAUGAGAGUACUGAUGUCCAUUUACAUUCCUGGUGGCCUGAAUUUAUUGACGCCCUCUGCUAUUUACCCUACCCUGACUCCUGUCGGGAAAGACUUGUACUUUCAUUGAGAAGUUACUACGAGGGAAAGGAUGAAGAGUUAAAGGCGUUAGACGAAUUCGAACGUGACUACACUCCGGCUAAAGCUGUUCGUUGGUACACUCGGGACACAUUCCUCUACCGAAUCCUCAACCGAGCACUUCGUCAACACAACGUUCAGCUCUGUUUUCUCUUUGGAUUCUUCGUCAGAGAUUUGUACCGUCAACUCAAAGAAGAAUAUGAAAAACUCAAAGCAGCACAGCUGACAUCCACCGUCUACCGAGGUCAGGUGAUGUCAUUAGAUGAAAUACAACGACUCAAGAAACGGUCCCAGUAUGGUCUUGCAGUCAACAGUUUCUUUUCAACAUCCGACAACCAGUCUGUAUCACUCGGUUUUCUUCGUUGUUCUCCUUCAAUCACUGAUGGUCUCGCCAAAGUAAUGCUAGAAAUUGAACUGGAUACUAGAAAAAAUCGAUUUCGUCCCUUUGCUCCCGUUUCUCAUCUAAGUGAAUUUUCAAACAAAAAUGAAAUUCUCUUUAUGACUGGAAUACAGCUGAGACGAGUUAAAGUGUCCUAUAACGAAGACGAGCAGAUCUAUACAAUGAAAUUACGACUAAAAGAUGAUCGUACGGUAAAAGAUGAUGCUGAUUUUCAUAAUUUAUCAGCGAGAAAAUUUUUGAAAAAGUGCAGUGAUAUGUUGUGUGACGCUAUCAAUAACGCGCAGGAGGUAGAAAGCGUAGGAACUAUCUUUGGCGAGCUGAUUGAUUUGUUUCCUGCAGAAGCCGGAUGGCUUAAAAUUUCAGAACAAGAGUGUCUUGAUCAACAUUUUGACAUUUAUGACUUUUCCGUCGAGACAUAA